AUGGAAGAUUCACAACCGUCUCCGUCACGUAACCUAGUUCACGCUGAAAACUCCACAGUAAUUAUCUCCCAGAUACUCGCUAGACUUCCGGUGAGAUCCCUUCUGCGAUUUUGUACCGUGUCGAAGCUUUGGUUACCUAUCUUCCGCAGUAAAAAUUUAGCCGACUUGUUCCUGGCUCAGUCAAAGACUCGGCCUCGUCUUCUUUUCACAUUCAAGGACAUGGAUUCCGGUAAGCGUUUCUUCUUCUCGGCUCCUGAAGACCAAAAGGACGACAAAUCCUCCACAGUUAUCGCCAGACACGACAUCACGAUCUCGGAUCUAGACUACAUCACAUCUGCCCCCCUAAACGGAUUCGUAUGCUUCACACGUGGUUCUUCGGUUGUUCUUUGUAAUCCCACCAAUGGAUAUACACAAACUUUUCCCGUUCCUGAGUUCAACGGAAGAGACAUCUACGCGCGUCUCGGGUACGAUCCCGUCAAAGAUGAAUACAAAUUGUUGUGUGUGAGGAUGUUCCAUGGGUGGGACGGCGAUAGAAGACAGGAGCAUCUGGUUCUCUCGCUAAAACUUAUGCUCGGAUGGAGAAAGAUCCAGACCAACGCAGAUCCCUACGCCUACUUAGAAGGUGGGAUUUGCAUGGAUGGUGCUAUAUACUACGGAGUUGGGCAUACAAGGAUAGCUAGAUUUGAUGUUGGAUCCGAGGAUAUUGCGUUUUUUCAAGGACCCGAAGACUAUAAUGCAAUCUCAUGUUAUUCAACACUCACGAAUUACCAAGGAAAAUUAGCAUGUAUAAGCUACGGUGAAUCCCAUGAGAUGCGUAUGUGGAUUCUACAAGAUGCCGAGAAACAAGAAUGGUCGAACGUCAUGACUUGUUCUGUGCCUUGUGACAAGAAGACAUCUUUGUGCACUGGAGAGAUUCAUACCAACGAGGUUGUACUGGCUUCUAGAUGGUUAGAGUCAUCUAAGCCCUUCUAUGUUUACUAUAUGGAUAUGAUGAGGGAGAGUAUCAGAAGAGUUCAGAUUGAUGGAAUGGCGGAUAAUGAGUUUAGACGUAUCCACGGAAUUGGCAAGAAUGCUCUUAGGAUUUCGUGUUACCCAGGUCACGUUGAGCAUUUUGUUGGGCCCCCUUUUUGGUAA